UUUUUUUUUGUUUUUUGGUUUUCCUUUGGUUAUUUAUAUAUAGAUCGCCGCAGCGAUUGCUAGAAUUUUCAAAACAGCGUGCUUGUUUUUCACAAAUACGACUGCGUGUGUGAGUUUGUAUGUGUGUGUAAUAUCGAGAAGUUUCUGCAGCUAUUGAAUUUAGGCCAAACGGUAUAAAAGAAGCGCACAUAAGGCUAAACAAAAAAUUUCAUAAUCAUGACAAUCGACGACAAAGACGCCGCCGCUGCUGAUGCCGCAGCCAUCAGCCACAAAGACAAAGGCAAUGAGGCAUUCAAAGCUUCAAAGUGGACGGAUGCAGUGCAGGAAUAUACCGCCGCCAUCAAACUGGGCGCCAAGCACAAGGAGCUGCCCGUGUUUUACAAGAAUCGUGCGGCGGCCUAUCUAAAGCUCGAUAAGUACACGGAGGCUGUCGAUGAUUGUACAGAGUCGCUGCGCUUCGCGCCCAACGAUCCUAAAGCACUGUUCCGACGCGCCCAAGCGUACGAAGCGCUCGCCAAACCGGAGGAGGCGUACAAGGAUGCCACAGCACUGUUCAAGGCCGAUCCGGGUAAUAAAUCGGUGCAGCCCAUGUUGCAGCGACUACAUCUCAUUGUCCAAGAAAAUGCUGCGCGUAAUGCAAAAACUUCGACGAAGGUGCAGCAAAUGAUGGAUUUGGCCUUUGACAUUGGCGCGCCCAUCGAGAAGCGACGCUCGGGUGCCAAUAAUCUGGUGGUGCUGGCCAAAGAACCAACCGGUGCCGAUUUGCUGUACAAGGCGCAGUGUGUGCCUAAAAUUGCCACUCUAGCCAAAGUGGAGAAGGAUCACGACAUAUAUUUGAAUAUGGUGCGUGUGGUGGCCUCGCUGUGCGAGAAUAGCGUCGAACGCACCAAGGGCGUACUCACCGAACUGGGCAUUCCUUGGUUUAUGCGUGUGUUCGACCAGAAGCACGAGGAUUGCGUGUCAACUGCCCAGUUCUGUCUGCAGACCAUCAUGAAUGCACUGUCUGGGAUGAAGAACAAGGCCGAUUCCAAGCCGAACAAGGAGCUGUGCGAUCGCAAUAACAGAGAGAUUGAUACGCUGCUCACGUGCUUGGUAUACAGCAUUACGGAUCGUACCAUUUCGGGCAAGGCACGUGAUGCGGUCAUUGAGCUGAUCACACGAAACGUUCACUAUACGGCACUGGCAUGGGCGGAACGGCUGGUCGAGAUUCGUGGCCUGUGUCGCCUGCUCGACGUGUGCUCCGAACUGGAGGACUACAAGUACGAGAGCGCCAUGAACAUUACCGCCUCCUCAAGCACCAUCGCCUCGGUGUGCCUGGCACGCAUCUAUGAGAACAUGUACUACGAUGAGGCCAAGCUGCGUUUCACGGAUCAGAUUGAUGAAUACGUCAAGGACAAGCUACUGUCACCCGACAUGGAGUCCAAGGUGCGCGUCACUGUGGCAAUUACAUCACUGCUCAACGGUCCCCUCGAGGUGGGCAAUCAAAUUGUGGCCAGAGAGGGCAUUCUGCAAAUGAUACUGGCCAUGGCCACAACGGAUGAUCUGCUGGAGCAGCGUGUGGCCUGCGAGUGUCUGAUAGCGGCCUCCUCCAAGAAGGACAAGGCAAAGGCGAUGUGCGAACAGGGAGUGGAAAUACUGAAGGGCCUCUAUCACUCUAAAAACGAUGCAAUUCGAGUGCGUGCUCUCGUUGGACUCUGUAAGCUGGGCAGCUAUGGUGGUCAGGAUGCAGCCAUAAGACCAUUUGGUGAUGGCGCCGCCCUCAAGCUGGCCGAAGCCUGUCGCCGUUUUCUCAUCAAGCCGGGCAAGGACAAGGACAUACGCCGCUGGGCUGCCGAUGGUUUGGCCUAUCUGACGCUGGAUGCGGAGUGCAAGGAGAAGCUCAUCGAGGACAAGGCAUCCAUACAUGCACUCAUGGACUUGGCGCGUGCCGGCGAUCAGUCGUGUUUGUAUGGCGUUGUCACCACGUUUGUGAAUCUCUGCAAUGCCUAUGAGAAGCAGGAGCUGGUGCCCGAAAUGGUGGAGCUGGCCAAAUUUGCCAAGCAUCACAUACCCGAGGAGCACGAGCUGGACGAUGUGGAUUUUGUGAACAAACGCAUCACAGUGCUGGCCAACGAGGGCAUCACGACGGCGCUCUGUGCGCUCUCCCGAACCGAGAGCCACAACUCCCAGGAGCUGAUUGCCCGUGUUCUGAACUCAGUGUGCGGGCUACAGGAGCUGCGCGGCAAGGUGGUGCAGGAUGGCGGCGUUAAGGCAUUGCUCCGUUUGGCACUGGACGGCACCGAGAAGGGCAAACGGCAUGCAAGUCAAGCACUGGCCCGCAUCGGCAUCACCAUCAAUCCCGAGGUGGCGUUCAGCGGUCAGCGCUCGCUGGAUGUGAUCCGGCCGCUGCUGAGUCUGCUGCAUCAGGAUUGCACGGCCCUAGAGAAUUUCGAGUCGCUGAUGGCACUGACCAAUUUGGCCAGCACGAAUGAGAGCGUUCGCCAGCGUAUUAUCAAGGAGCAGGGCGUGUCCAAAAUUGAAUUCUAUCUGAUGGAGGAUCAUUUGUAUUUGACGCGUGCGGCGGCCCAGUGCCUAUGCAAUCUGGUAAUGUCCGAAGAUGUGGUCAAGAUGUUUGAGGGCGAAAACGAUCGUGUCAAGUUUUUGGCUCUACUCUGCGAGGAUGAGGACGAGGAAACGGCCACGGCCUGUGCUGGUGCUCUGGCCAUGCUUACCUCCGUCUCUACCAAGUGUUGUGCCAAGAUUUUGGCCAUUGAAAGCUGGCUGACAAUAUUGCAAACGCUCAUCGCCAAUCCCAGUCCGGCGGUGCAGCAUCGCGGCGUUGUUGUCAUACUCAACAUGAUAAAUGCCGGCACCGAGAUUGCCACGAAUCUCCUCCAGACGGACAUCAUGGAGCUGCUCAGCGGCCUCAGCCAGCUGGCCGAUGAUACUCGCGCCAAGGCACGCGAAGUGGCCAUCCAAUGCCUGGCGGCUGCGGAACGGAAUCGCAUCAUUGAACGUUCCGAUGAUGCCGAAAUCCCGGAUGUCUUUGCCGAGAAUGCCAAAAUAACCGAAAUUAUCGAUUAACGAUUAACGAUUCACGAUUGCGUUUGCCAUCACACAUCAGCUAUUUUAUCAUCUACACUUGCUUCUUACUCUUUAUCGGCGAGUGCUUCAACUGUGUCAUUUACCUAAUUUAUUUCUGAACCACUUGUUUCAAUGUACUUAAGCGUCAUACGUUUUCUUUAAUGCAAUACGAAUUUAUAAUAAAUUCAUAAAAAUGUUUCGUUAAAAAAA